AUGGAUUAUCUUCAGGUUUUAUCGACUUCAGAUGCACAGUUUGAUUUUUUCCCUUGGUUAUUAUGGUAUAUAUGGAAAGCUAGAAAUGGUAAAAUGUUUGAGAAUGUGGACAAAUGUCCGUUGGAUGUCACUAAACGAGCACAAUAUGAAGCAAAGGCUUGGCGAGAGGCACAAGUUGAAGACCAAAAUGAGCAAGCUCAUGAUGGAUCCAUGUUUAUGGGGGCCUCCAACCUCCGACGAAGCCUCACCCCUCUUCAUUCAGAAGUGGAGGCUUUGGUGUGGGGCAUGAGAUGUAUGAUUAGCCACGACUUCAGAGAUGUUGUUUUCUUGACGGACUGUUCCUAUUUGGUGAAGAUGGUGUCUUCUCCUUCAGAGUGGCCGGCUUUCUCUGUGUACCUGAACGAUAUCCAAGUUGAUAGGGAAGAAUUCUCAACUUUACUCUUUCUCUUAUCCCAAGGAGUGCAAAUGGCGUUGCGGAUAAUCUGGCCCGUAAAGUACGAGUCUUACCGUAUGCUGCUAAGUUUGUAA